UAUUGUUUUAAAAAUUGCCUAAUCUUAUCGGCCUGAUUAAACAAAACACACUACUUAUAAUGAAAAAGUAAUAGCUAAAAUUCAAUCGUGAACUGCUAAGUGAGUAAAGUGGUCGUAAACACAAUGUCUGUGUUAAAUAACGGAGUAAAUUCUGUGAAUAAAACUUUUGAAAAUAAAAGUGCUUUGGUCACUGGAGCAUCUGGUGCAAUCGGUGGAGCAAUUUGUGAGGAACUUCUUAAAAAUGGAAUUAAGUAUCUCGCUGUUCUUGAUAUGAAUUCUCAAGAACCUAAGAUUUUAAGUGAUUGGAAGAAGACCUAUCCCAGUGUCUCCAUAAAGUACUUCCAAGUGGAUGUGACUUCCCAUGAAGAAUUGGAAAAGUGUUUCAGUGAAUUUACGAAGACUAUUCCCAGUCUGGAUAUCGUUGUAAAUUGUGCUGGAAUCUUUGAUGAAAGCUUGUAUAGGAAAGUUCUAGAAGUCAAUCUUAUUGGAGUUAUUGCAUGUACUUCACUUGCAACUGAGCACAUGAAAAUAAAUAAGGGAAAUGAAGGGUCUAGAAUUAUUCUAAAUGUUUCUUCAGCUGCGGGAUUAAUUCCCUUCAGUACAUUUCCCACCUAUAGUGCUUCUAAACACGGUGUUGUUGCAUACACUCGGGCGGUAGCCCAUGGACUUAGAGAUUUGGGCAUUAAAUUCUUGAAUCUAUGUCCAGGAGCAACAGAAUCUAAAUUAUUGGUUAAGAAUUACAUAAAAGAUUAUACUGCAAUUGCAAGUCAAGAAGAAUUGGACGCCAAAAAGCAGGCAAUGAUGGCUUUAAUACAAAGUCCGUCAGUCGUGAGUAGGGCAGCUGUAAAAAUAAUGCAGGAAGGUGAAAAUGGAAGUACCUGGGUAGUAAAAUGUGGAGAACUAACAGAAUCUGUUUUACCUGAAGUAAGAUUCUAA